CCACAGCUCAUAUUGUGAAGCGCAACUUUGACGACUGCACCCCCGGAGGCAACUUAGAAAAAAAAAAUUAAACAAGACAAAUAAACAGGAAAAAAAAACAUUGGAGUGUCACGGACAGAGACGGUUAAAGGAUAUUCAGCGCGGCGCACCGUGCGUAAAAAGGCGCAUCGGCUGUCCAGCUGCGAAUUGAUUUAUUCUUUUAAUCGCGCAAACCAUUGACGGAUUUUCAUCUUUCUGGGACUGAAGAAAUUAUGUUAAAAAUGACAGAGGAGCACGACAAAUGUGAGCAGCCGUGCAGCCCAUCGGGCACGAACAGUUCCAUGUCCCAGGACGAGUCCGACUCGGAUGCUCCGUCCUCACCGACGGGCUCCGACGGACAGGGAUCCCUGCUCGCUGGUCUGGGCAAGAAACUGGACUCCGAGGAUGAUGAGCGGUUCCCAGCCUGCAUACGGGACGCAGUCUCUCAGGUCCUCAAGGGGUACGACUGGUCUCUGGUGCCCAUGCCCGUGAGGGGGAAUGGAUCUUUGAAGAAUAAACCUCACGUCAAGAGACCCAUGAAUGCGUUCAUGGUGUGGGCGCAGGCGGCCCGCAGGAAGCUGGCAGAUCAGUAUCCACACCUGCACAACGCAGAACUCAGCAAGACACUGGGCAAACUGUGGCGCUUGCUUUCAGAGAACGAGAAGAGGCCGUUUGUAGCUGAAGCGGAGAGACUCCGGGUUCAGCACAAAAAAGAUCACCCAGACUAUAAGUACCAGCCGAGGCGACGGAAGAAUGUGAAGCCAGGUCAGAGUGACUCAGACUCAGGGGCAGAACUGGCUCAUCAUAUGUACAAAACAGAGCCAGGGAUGGGAGGACUGGUAGGGAUGUCUGAUGGACACCACCCUGAACAUGCAGGACAGACUCAUGGACCACCUACUCCACCCACUACCCCCAAAACAGACCUGCACCAUGGAGCCAAGCAGGACCUUAAACAUGAAGGCCGCCGUCUUGUUGACAGCAACCGGCAAAACAUAGACUUCAGCAACGUCGACAUCUCUGAGCUCAGCACUGAUGUCAUCAGCAAUAUCGAGACCUUCGACGUCCACGAGUUCGACCAGUACCUCCCGCUGAACGGUCACGCCUCGGGCUUCUCUGCUCUGUCUUCAGACCACAGCCACGGGACGGCUCCGGUGCCUAGCAGCUCUUACGCUUCUACAUACAGCCACACGGGCGGCUCGUCCUGGAGUCGAAAGUGUGCCGUGUCCUCCUCUUCUUCCUCUGCCAGCGAGGCCAGCCAACACCGUCUCCACAUAAAAACGGAGCAGCUGAGCCCCAGCCACUACAGCGAGCACUCCCGCGGGUCACCCUCGCACUCUGAUUACAGCUACAGCAGCCAGGCUUGCGUCACCUCAACCACGCCGGCUGCCUCGGCUGCACCCGCCUUCUCAAGCUCCCAGUGUGACUAUACUGACCUGCAGAGCUCUAACUAUUACAACCCCUACUCUAGCUACCCCUCCAGCCUCUACCAGUACCCCUACUUCCACUCUUCCAGGCGGUCUUACGGCAGCCCAAUCCUAAAUAGUCUGUCCAUGGCUCCAGCUCACAGCCCCACAGCCUCCAGCUGGGACCAGCCCGUCUACACCACUUUGUCUCGACCUUAAAGGGGACCAGAAACGGUCUGUUUGCACCAGAGACUCGUUCAGUUUGAUGCACUACUAAUGAAGGACAUAAAGCAGAGAAGAGUCGUUUCUAGGGGCUAGUAGGCUACCUGUUUUGAACAUGAAACACACAAGGAAAAAGUGCCUGCUGAUUUUAUACAAAGUUAUAUUGUCGCAUCCAAUACAUGCAGACUUUUUACAAGUGAGCCAAACUCCUCCGUGAGGACAUACUGCCUAUACGCCGACGUCCUGUACAUCCACUCUUUUUAUAUGUGCACAGUUAAGGUAAAAAAGAUCCAAUUGUGCAGGAUUGAAAAUGUUUGGUGAACGGUCCGAAAAAAAAAAAAGAAAGAAAGUUCAGAUGACCAGUCACGUUAAGUUGCAGUAGAAUUUGCAUUAACAGCCGGAGUGACAUCACAGAACGCUAUUUGCAUCAGUGGUUCAGCCGUAGGUAAAUGGCUCCUUUGAAUUUAGUGUCAUUUUGCAUAAAAGUCUUAAGUCUUAAUUUGUAUUUAUGUUCAUGCAUUAUUAAGUUUUCUUUUUUGAGUAGAUAAACACAUGUUACGUGGGUUUGGUUAUUUUAUAGUACUGUUUUAUUGAGA